GGACCCGGGGUCUUAGUGGAGACCUUGCAGCUGUCAUGGAGCAGAAGCAGCCGGAUCCCACCUCCGACGACGCCAUGGACUCGUUCCUGGAAAAAUUCCGGAGCCAGCCGUACCGUGGCGGCUUCCGCGAGGACAAGUGGGAGGAGGAAUUUGACAAGAUCCCCCUCUUUAUGAAGAAAGCACCAUCAGAAAUUGAUCCCAAGGAGAAUCCUGACUUGGCUUGCCUCCAGUCAAUUAUUUUUGAUGAGGAGAGAUCCCUAGAAGAACAGGCCAAGACCUAUAAAGAUGAAGGCAAUGAUUAUUUUAAAGAAAAGGACUAUAAAAAAGCCGUGGUUUCUUACACUGAAGGACUAAAGAAGAAGUGUGCAGACCCUGAUCUGAAUGCCGUCCUUUAUACCAACCGGGCUGCAGCACAUUUCUACCUUGGCAAUUUUCGUUCUGCUCUCAAUGAUGUGGUUGCUGCCAGGAAGCUGAAACCUUCUCACCUUAAAGCAGUGAUUCGAGGUGUCUUAUGCCAUCUGGAACUGAAAAACUUCACUGAAGCUGUGAACUGGUGUGAUGAGGGGCUACAGAUAGAUCCUGAGGAGAAGAAGCUUCUGGAAAUGAGAGUUAAAGCAGAUAAGUUAAAGCGAACUGAACAGAGGGACAUGCGGAAAGCAAAGGUACAGGAGAAGAAGGAGCAGAGUAAGAACGAGGCUUUGCUGCAGAUCAUCAAGGAGAGAGGCAUCAGGCUGGCCUCUGAGGCUGCUGGUGAGGAGGAAGACUCAGACUCGGAUGAUCUGGGCGAGCUUCUCCUGGAUGGACUCAGCUCUGAGAACCCGUAUGGUGCCAGGCUAAGUGCGGAUGACAAUGGCAGGCUGAGCUGGCCCGUGCUCUUUCUGUAUCCAGAAUAUGCCCAGUCAGACUUCAUCUCGGCUUUUCACGAGGACUCCAGGUUUAUUGAUCAUCUAAUGGUGAUGUUUGGUGAAACACCCUCUUGGGACUUAGAGCAAAAAUACCGACCUGACAAGUUAGAGGUCUACUUUGAGGAUCCAGAUGGGACAGAUCUAUACCGGGUGCCCCCACAGAGUGCCCUGCUCCCUGUGUUGCAGCAUCCCAGGUACCGUGUCAAAGCUCUGACCCCAGCUUUUCUGGUCUGUGUGGGCUCCUCUCCUUUCUGCAAGAAUUACCUCAAGGGGAGAAAGGUGUGCCAGGUAAAGUGACUGCCCCCUGCGCACACUCUCAUCCUCCUCUACCAGCUCUCGAAACCUUUGCAGCUGUUGAUUGAGCUCUUGGAAC